AUGGAAGAUAACUUGGAACAUUUUAAACAGAUGGGCAUUCCUCUAGACAAGGCUAAAGAGGCCCUGCAAAAAUUCAAUAAUGACUUGUCUAAGGCAGUAAAUUUUUACUUUGAGACGAAUUCUGGAAAUUCUGAAGAAAUGUCCAAUUUGGGUCCAUUAAUAUCGGACGAAAAUGUAACCGAUAAUUGGGCAGUAACCAUUCAUAACACGGGAUCAACCGACUACCAAAAUUCAUCAGCGAUCGAUUUGACAGAAAAUAAUGAUUAUAUAGAGGCGAUUGAGGCUUCCAAGAAAGACGCUGAUAAUGACGAUUUAAAAAGGGCCGUGAAUGCAAGCUUGCAAACGAUGCCCAUUAAUAACAAUGAUAAGGACGAUGAGGAUCCCCAACUCCAAAGGACCAUUGAAGAAAGUUAUAACUCGAAUUUCUACUCGAAUUUGUUUACCGAUCCAGAACAACCGACGAAACGCAUGAAGUUAGACAACAAUACUCCCAUCGGGUUGAGGCCAGCAAACACUUAUCAUUGCGCGAACUCCCUCAUUCAAGCUUUAUUCUAUAUACCAAUCUUCCGAUUAGCGUUGUUAGCGUUUCGACCAACGAGAGAUGAUUGGGGAGAAGUCGAUGGUUAUUGGAAAGGUACGCAGGAUGGCCUGCAGAUUGAGCCUGAAUAUCCGGAAAACGAUCGACAGUCGGCCUUAAAAUUCAUUCAUGAGUUCCAGAAACUUUUCGGUUUUCUAUCUUUGAGUCAAAGGUCUUAUGGGGAUUCAAGUCGUUUACUGGACGCUUUGAAAUUUGAGGGAGGUAAUAAUGGCUGGGGUGACGUUGAUGAGUACGAUUUCAUCUUGCAAUUGCUCACGUCAUUACAAAAAGGAUCGAUCUAUCGGAAUCAGUAUGAUGAAAAUGAGAAGCAAAGAAUCCCGGAUGUUACUUUUAAUAUAUACCUGUUAGAAAUAACUCCCAAACAUAACACAAUUUAUGCCGCACUUGAUCAAAAAACACGAACUUCACCAGAAACAACCUUAGAACUUGCGCCCAUCCUU